AGGGUCAAGUCAGAAAUGGCAGAGAUGGUUCAUCCCGACGAUGAACGGCACUGUGCACAAAGAAGUUCGUCUAUGAACCGUUUGCGAAAGAUUAGCAAGGCCGUAGGGCUUGGAAAUAUUUUGGGCACCAGCCAGAGCCGUUGCGCGUCUACAGUGGUCCCUCCGACAAGAAGUCAUAGUUCGCUAUUUGGGAAGUCUUCGGUUAGUUCCAGCAUGCGCUCAUGGAGGUCGAAGAAGAGCAGAACGGAUAGCGUGGGCGAACAGUACAAUAACGGCUUCGUGCCGGAAGAUUUGGACAUCGCGGAGAAGGAAAAGGUCUCAUCCACUGAAACAGGUAUCAUGUCUCAUGGUCAGGUGCAGCCCGAAGCGGAAACAGUCGAAAUCAAAGGCCAGCGAUCAGCGUCUGUGAGUGUCGUUCAAUUGCCACAGUCCGUCGACCGCAUGGAGGCCGCAAACUUGAGGCAAGUGUGGCGAAAAAGAGGUUCCGCUGCAGCUAUUGACAUGUCUUAUUUGGAUGUUGUGUCGUUUCCUAUCAUCGAGGAUCUCUCCAGCGAUGAGCCGCCCGAUUUGGAGCGGUCCUCUGACGCCCAUUAA